GAGUGUUAAGUUUUGUUUCCGGGGAUCGUUACACUCGCAGAGCCAUGAUGGCGACUCUCGGCGGUAGUCGUCUCAGUAAUUCAAAUCAACAAAAAUCUUUCGCCUCUCCGGAGAAAGUUCGUGAGCUGCUCAGUGAAGGAGUGUCGACCACGGAAACACAAGCCAGCAGCGAACAAGCAGAUUUGAAAGAUGUGGAAGAUAAAACUUCCACACAGGCACCUUGUGAGGCGACCAACAAAGAAGCGUUUUUCUCAAGAGUGGAGUCUUAUUCAUGUUUGAAAUGGGCUGGUAAGCCCCGGGCCCUGUCCCCUCUGAUGUGUGCCAGAUACGGCUGGAUCAGUGUUGGCUCUGAUAUGCUGAAGUGCUCUAGCUGCCAGGCUUUCCUGAGUGCGUCCUUACGACCGACUGUGGACUUUGAAAAAUAUGAAUCCCGCAUUGCAGAAAUAUCCAAGCAGCUUCAGACUCAGCAUGGGAAGUUUUGUCCAUGGCCUGAUUUUCCAUGUCCAGAGCGGUUUUGGCAAGUUCCAGCCUGUGAGCUGUCAGCAGUGCUCACAGCCUUCCUAGAGCGCUUCCAGAGUACCUGUCUUCUUGCGCAGCAGCUGCCUGCCAUGAAGCCAGACCAGCUGAAAUCCAUGUCUUUGACUGAAGAUGUUAUCAGCGUUAUACUUCAGCUUAUUGAAGAAGAAGAAAAAAGAAAGGGUGGUACUUUGUGUUCUGAGCCUUUAGCAGUGCAGGUGGCUGCAUGCAUCGUUUCUCUCUGUGGCUGGGCUGCAAGCCCGGCUCUGCACGCCAUGAACCUGCCCAUCCUCACCUGCUCCUACUGUAUGCGCAAGGUGGGCUUGUGGAACUUCCACCAGAUGCAGGCAAUGGGAGGUGACAGUGGCGCCUUACAAAACGCUCCAAACCCACCGGCUCCAGCUGCAGCCGCUAUUCCAGCACCUCCAAAUGAGGGCCAAACAGACCCUUCUGUUCCUGCCUCGCUGACUCCUCCUACAACCCCGUGCCGCAUGAAACUGCGCAGCCAAGACUCCACACGCUCUGACCAGGCUGGGCUGCAGGGGGAGGGCACGCCCUCCCCUCUAGCAUCACGCGCUCGCAGCAGAGACUCUCCCAGCCCCAGUGAAGACCUGCCAAAUCCUUUAGGCAGGGGAAAGAGGCCUGCCACCCGUAGUCGAGGACAAGGAGACGGUCCGGGGGCUGACGGCGGUCUGUUGCACGCUCCCAAACGUCUGUGCCUCUCUGCAGCUGGUGAUGGUGAUGGAAUUGUGCACAAGAGUACAUUUGACCCACUCGCUCAGCACAGAGACUGGUGCCCCUGGAUCGCCAUUGGAAAGGAGAAUAUGGAUCCAGGGGCCCUCCCCUUUCUGGGUGGGGGUUCAGCACCACACCAGCAGGGCUGGAAGGCUGCUCUGGACCUUCUCCUGCCCAUGAAGAAGAACUCUGACACAUUGGGAAAAACUUCAGCUCAGAGCCCUCAUGACAAGUCUAAAAGGGUGUUUGCUAUCUUCCGUCAGUGGCAGGUGUCCUCUCCAUCACAGUAGAUCUUUGCCACCUCAAAAGCAUUGACUGGUCCUUCAUCGGCAGCGAAGAGGCCCAUCAUCUUUUUAAGACCUGUUUACAUG